AUGUUUCAGCCCGCUGUGAAGGUGUUGGGAGCCGAGGAGUCCAAAAAGUGGUGUGUGUCGAAGCUAGCUGUUCCUCAUGAUGCAAUGCAGAAAUUCAUAGACGACAACUGCAAAAAAUUGGAUUGCACAGCUAUAAAACCUGGGGGUGGAUGUUACAAGCCCGACAAUUUGUACAAUCACGGAUCUUAUGUCCUUAAUCAGUAUUAUAGGGCUUAUGGUGUUUGUCCGUCCGAUAUCGGCACACUGGCAAUCACCAACCCAACUUCGGGGUCGUGGCUUUAG